AUAAAUUAAUUAAUGAAAAAGAAUAGUAGGAGUAUUAUACUAUUAGCUUGUUCUUGAAUUGAGUAAAAGUUGAAGAAUUGUUCAAAGAAAACAAGUUUGAGUUGUGAGGAUCCUGUCAAUGGUGCUGAGUGGUGAUCAUCAAGAUAGUUCAUAGAAAUAAGAAAGAUAUUGGUUGGGUUGGUGACACAAACAUUCAUUCAUUCUUCUUCAUGUGUUUUUGAUUUUCAAUUUCAAUAAGAAAAAUCUAAACUUUGGUUGCACGCACGUGAAAGAAAUGCGAGUUUCAAGCGUUGAAAGAUAAAUAUGUCAGCGGCGUCGCCGUCUCCGGCAUCCUCUAAUACCACCCAGCCACCUUCCUCAGCCACUGCUCCGCCACCGCAACAACCAUCAGCUGCACCUCUUUCAGCUCCUCCUCCAGCCGUGCCGUCUCCUACUCCGACUUCACCAGUUCCCCGUGCUUCAACUCCGUCGCCGCCUCCUGUAGCUCCUACUCUAACCCCGCCAACACGGCCUCCGCCACCGCCACCACAAUCACCCGUUCCGCCAAGAACCUCGCCUCCACCGGACAAUUCACCCCCUCCUCCUACUGUUACACCACCCAGACGUUCACCUCCACCACCCCCUAAAAACUCGUCUCAAACUCCACCUCCUAGGCCACAACCACCAUCAUCACCGCCACCAUCAUUACAACCUACACCGCCUAGGCCAUCCCCGGCACCACCAGUACAACCACCAUCAUCAUCACCAUCACCAGUACAACCCGCACCGCCAAGGUCAUCACCACCACCAUCAUCAUUACUAUCACCACCACCAACAUCAUCAACCCCUCCUCCUGCCACGUCUAUUACACAACCACCUCCACCUCCACCAUCAAAUUCAACAACACCGAGGCUAUCUCCUCCAACACCCGCCUCAAUCAUUCAAUUGUCGCCACCUCCUCCACCACUGCAGAACGGAUCAGAAAACUCAAGCCCUCAAUCUGGAGGAAUUAGUUCUGGUGCUAUAUUGGCUAUUGCCGUGUUUGGUGGAAUUCUAUUUCUUGGCUUCAUUGGAGUUGCUAUCUGGUGCUUCAGAAGACAACGCAAAAAGGAUUCUUCUAAUCAUGGUUAUGUCAUGCCUUCCACUCUUCCCUCCUCCUCAACUGAAUCAGAUUCAUCUUUUUUUAAGAUACAUGCUGCCUCUACUCCUCUUGUAAGCAGUGAUGUUGUGCAUACACCAUCUGAUCCUGGCGGUGGAAUGGGCCACUCGAGGAACUGGUUUUCAUAUGAAGAGCUAAUCAAGGCAACAAAUGGUUUCUCGACUCUGAAUCUUUUGGGAGAAGGUGGAUUUGGCUCUGUGUAUAAAGGAAUUUUACCUGAUGGGAGAGAGAUAGCAGUGAAGCAACUCAAAAUUGGUGGAAGUCAAGGGGAGAGAGAAUUCAAAGCUGAAGUUGACAUUAUUAGUCGCAUACAUCAUCGCCAUUUGGUUUCAUUAGUUGGAUACUGCAUUCAAGAUAACAGAAAAAUACUUGUCUAUGACUACGUCCCUAACAAUACCCUUUAUUUUCAUCUACAUGAAAAUGGUCAACCUGUACUGGAAUGGGAAAAACGUGUUAAAAUCGCAGCUGGUGCAGCUCGAGGAAUAGCUUAUCUUCAUGAAGACUGCAAUCCUCGGAUUAUUCAUAGAGAUAUCAAGCCAUCAAACAUUCUUUUGGAUUACAACUAUGAAGCUCGUGUCUCAGAUUUCGGCCUAGCCAAAUUAGCUCAGGAUGCAAAUACACAUGUAUCAACGCGUGUCAUGGGAACUUUUGGGUAUGUUGCCCCUGAAUAUGCAUCAAGUGGAAAAUUGACUGACAAGUCUGAUGUAUAUUCUUUUGGAGUUGUGCUUUUGGAACUCAUUACCGGACGGAUGCCUGUAGAUCCAUCACAAAUGGGAGAUGAGAGUCUAGUUGAAUGGGCUCGACCAUUGCUAAGUGAUGCACUUGAAACUGGGGAAUUUGAGAGUUUGAUAGAUCCAAAGCUAGGGAAGAACUACAUUGAUAGUGAAAUGUUUUGCAUGAUUGAAGUUGCUGCUGCUUGUGUUCGACAUUCAGCUUCUAAGAGACCUCGCAUGGGACAGGUUGUUAGAGCUUUCGAAAGCUUAGCAACUUCAGAUCUAACAAACGGAAUGCGAGUUGGUGAAAGUCAGGCAUUUGACUCUGCACAACAAUCUGAAGAAAUAAGAUUGUUUCGGAGGAUGGCAUUUGGUAGUCAAAAUUAUAGCUCCGAAUAUUUUAAUCACUCUAGCUUGCGUCUGUAAAGGCCAAUGUAUGUAUGUAUGUAGUGAAAGAGUUUAUUUUGGACCAAAACUUCAAUCAAGGAAAGCCAAGGGGAGAAGCCUCAACUCACUUCGGUUGGCUUGGUGGUAUUGGCUUGAGAUCUGGGAGUGUGCUCCUCCUCAAGGUCUCAGGUUCGAUUCUCUCCGAUGUCAAUUUGGGUGGGCUUCUUAAAAAAAAAAAAAAAAAAAAAAAUAGGGAGAAGGCUUGGUUGAAUAUUUUUGGCUGUAGAUAUGGCUAAUGUCCAUAGGUGCUUUUGAUUCUGGAACUGCUAACUGGACUCAUCAGAUUCAAACACCCAUUCUUGUGACCAAAAAUUUAUGUUUGUUUUCAUUAACUGUUCUUUGACAGAAUUUUGUUUCUUGUAAAUAGAAUUUGUAAAAUAUAACUUAUAAUAUAUAAUAAUUUGAUUUGUAGCAUA